UGCCACGACGUACGGUUCGCUGCACGCGCGUAACCGCGAUGGUGACCAAUGGUAACUUCCGUUAGGACGACGUAUUGGCGGUCCGCGCUUCCCGAUCAACUUCUCCGGCGAGAUCGUGUAAGAUGCUGAAAUUUCUGGCACCAAUUAAUCUGGCACGUCGAUGAGCUCGACGUAUCGAAGAAUGGCAUAGUCGACAAGCGUAAGCGAGUAACGCGCUACUUGUACGAGGUGAACGCAGCAGCUUAAUCUUCAUUCUUGCAGUGGACCACAGACUAAAUACAGCACAAAGAUGUCGAAGCGACCAGCAGACAGUGGAGAUUCUUCACAACAACCACCCAUCAAGAAGGUACAAUUUGAGCCAAUUCUCAUUGGACCUAUCUCUACUCUUGAAGAGAUGGACAUGAAAGUUCUACAAUUCCAAAAUAAGAAACUGGCGCAGAGAUUGGAGCAAAGGCAUAGAAUGGAAGCUGAGUUAAGACAGCGCAUUGAACAGUUAGAGAAACGUCAAAUGCAGGAUGAUGCAGUACUUAACGUGGUUAAUCGAUAUUGGAAUCAGUUGAAUGAGGAUAUACGCGUGCUACUACAGAGAUUCGAUGCUGAAACUGCAGAUGAAUCCGAGAAUAAAAAUGAGAGCGAGGCUACAACAUCGUUUCUCAUGCAGCUAUCCUCCUGGGACAAGGAAGAGUUGGACGAUAAAUUAGCGAAUCGCGUACAGGUGUCGAAACGAGCGGUAUCGAAGGUCGUGCAGGCAUUUGAUCGGUUGUCUCAAAGAAAUGAGAAGAUCUCCCUCGCGCUCAAAGGAGAAUUUAAUGGUGAGGCGCCAAACAUUGACGAAGUCGUCCGUCGCGCCAAUGCGGAAAUACAGAUGGAAAAUAGAAGUCUCGAAUCAACAAACAUAGAAUUGCGUGAAAAAUAUCACACUAUGUCAUUAAAGAUGUCACAACUGCAAGAUACCAUAACGGGAAAAGAUACACUUGUAGCAGAACUGCGAAAUCAGGUGGACGAUCUGCAGUACGAAUUAAAUAAAGUGCGGGCAAGGAAUGAUAAACUGGAGCAUCAUCUUGGCGAAGCGAUCGAGAAAUUGAAAGCGUUUCAACAAAUUCACGGCGCGGAUGACAAGGGCAGUAAUAAGCCAAAUACCUUGGUUGCCUCCAGCGUUCCGCAGACUAAGCUUGACGAUUUACAACGCGAACUUGAAGAGACGCGUGAAUUAGCUAAUAAUAGACUGCAGGAAUUGGAUAAAUUGCACCAGCAACAUCGCGACGCUUUAAAAGAAGUAGAAAAAUUGAAAAUGGAUAUAAGACAACUUCCCGAAUCGGUGAUCGUGGAAACGACGGAGUACAAAUGCUUGCAGUCGCAAUUUUCUGUACUGUAUAACGAAUCCAUGCAAUUAAAGACGCAAUUGGACGACGCCCGUCAACAAUUACAGUCGAGCAAGAAUGCACAUUUGCGUCACAUCGAGAUGAUGGAAAGCGAGGAAUUAAUGGCUCAAAAGAAAUUGCGCGGAGAGUGUAUACAACUCGAAGACGUGUUGGCGCAGUUGCGCAAGGAGUACGAGAUGCUUCGAAUUGAAUUUGAGCAAAAUUUAGCAGCCAACGAACAAACGGGUCCGAUUAAUCGAGAAAUGCGGCAUCUAAUCACCUCCCUUCAGAAUCACAAUCAACAAUUGAAGGGAGAGGUGCAUCGAUAUAAACGGAAGUACAAGGAAGCUUCGACGGAGAUACCUCGACUAAAAAAAGAAGUAGAAGAAUUGACAGCCAAGUUGGGCCAGCAGACGGCUCAGGAAAAUAAAGAAGGAAAUAAUUCAGAUGGCAGUGGGAAAGAGGAAGAUGCUUCAAAUUCUUUACCAGGUUCCGCACAGAUAAAAGAAGAAAGUGGUGUUACGAUAAAAAGGGAAACCAGUGCCGAUGAAGAGGUAGAAACUAUCGAAGUAGGAGAGGGUGAGGGCAACAAAGGGACACCAGAUUCCCUAACUUUAACCUCACCGACUCUAAAGAAGGAGAAGGAUAUCAAACGUGAAAAGGAUAUUAAGAAAGAAUUGUUGAAAACCGAGCAUCGUGAUCCAACUCAUCGCACCAAGGAUGCGAAGAUGGCGGAAUCAGAACUCGUGAGAGAUCUGAAGGCACAACUUAAAAAGGCCGUAAAUGAGAUGAAGGAGAUGAAGCUUCUGCUGGAUAUGUACAAAGGAGUUGGAAAGGAACAACGUGACAAGGUACAACUAAUGGCCGCGGAGCGCAAAACUAGAGCGGAGUUGGAAGACUUACGACAGCAAGUCAAAAAGAUUCAAGAGAGUAAGCGAGAGGAACGUAAAAAGUUAGCUGACGAGGAUGCACAGAUAAAAAUUAAGAAAUUGGAGGAACAAGCUUACACGUUACAACGGCAGGUCGCUUGUCAAAAGCAGGAAGAGGAGGCGCUUUUGAAUGAGAUGGAAGUUACUGGGCAAGCAUUUGAGGACAUGCAAGAGCAAAACUCUCGGUUGAUACAGCAGUUACGUGAGAAGGAUGACGCGAACUUCAAGCUCAUGACGGAAAGAAUUAAGAGCAAUCAAUUGCACAAACUUGCGAGGGAGGAGAAGGAUGUGCUGAAAGAACAGGUGUCUACGUUAACGACGCAGGUAGAGGCAGCGAAUGUUGUCGUGCGAAAAUUAGAGGAGAAAGAACGUCUUUUACAAAACUCUCUCGCCACAGUAGAGAAGGAAUUGGCUUUGAGGCAGCAGGCAAUGGAAAUGCAUAAACGAAAGGCGAUAGAGAGUGCACAGUCUGCCGCCGAUCUCAAACUCCAUCUCGAGAAAUAUCAUUCACAAAUGAAGGAAGCGCAGCAGGUCGUAGCAGAAAAAACUAGUUCUUUGGAAGCUGAGGCGUACAAAACUAAGAGAUUACAGGAGGAAAUAGCACAACUCAGACGCAAAGUCGAACGUAUGAAGAAGAUCGAACUCGCCGAGACCUUGGACGAAGUAAUGGCAGAAGAAUUGCGGGAGUACAAGGAAACGUUAACGUGCCCGUCUUGCAAAGUAAAGCGCAAGGAUGCAGUGCUGACAAAAUGUUUCCACGUAUUCUGUUGGGAUUGUCUGCGUACGCGUUACGAAACGCGUCAGCGGAAAUGCCCAAAAUGCAACUGCGCCUUCGGCGCCAACGACUAUCAUCGGCUGUACCUGUCUACAUGAAGAAGACGGUGCUGAACGUUUUCACUGAAGAACAUGCUGUGACGUAGAGUGUUUUGUAAAGUGUUAUGUACGCAUUUUCCUCUUUUUUUUAUAUUUUUUAUUUAUUAUUCUGAUUUUUUAACGGAAACGUGGGAACAUCCCCGUAGUGCGUCAACGUGUGACAAUGAAAUUAUUUUUGCUAAAUUCCUAUUAAAGUUACAGAAAAGAGAAUUUAAAGUGUAGAAUUGAAGCAAUUCGAGUUUUGCUUAAUUCUAACAUUUGUGUGUCUCUACGUAAAGCUGCGACUUUUAUGUUGUUAACCGAGAUGUGUGAAUCAGCAGAGGGAAGCAAGAGGAAGGAUGAGUGAGUGAGUGAAAGCGAUUGCAUUUUUGAUCGAUCAGUAGGUUUAUGGUAAUUAUAGAUUGUAAUUUUGCGAGAUGAGAAUCAACUUGUUUGACAAUAUUUAAAUCUCGAUUUUUUUAACAAAUCCGCACGAGAUAGUCUAAAACUUCGUACAACAUGAUGACCUAAAAUAAUGAUUCUCAAAGUAUUGAAAAAUAAUACUUGCUUGGAAAAAUGUGUCUUCAUACAUGAUAAAACAUAAGAUUAAAUUUAUUUAGUUAAAUGGACUAAUAAUCGCUCUAAAGAAGCCUGGGAAUUAUUUAUUUCGAUAAAAUUCAAUAAAGGCAAUUGUAAAUGGAUUUAAUUGACCAUUGUGAUCAAUGAAUAAGUCAUGGUUCAAAAUAUAUGAUUUUUGCACAUGCUGCACAAAUAUUUAUAUACUGGGUUGAAUAUAUUCCUGAAAUAUAUAUAAAUAAUAUAUAAAAUUACAUAAUUGUUUCAACUUUUAUUUUGAAACUGAAUGCUGGAAAAAGCCUCGAAGGAGCAUUAGAUUAUUAUAUAUAAUUAAUUACAGAUAAUUAUUUACGGAUCUACUCCCAGUAAAAUCAACAAUUGGCAAUAUAAAAUAUCAUAAUUAGAAUAAUUUAUCCUAUUCUUUAGUCAAUAUAGUCUGCGUUUACUUUGUCCCUAUAUGAUGCAAGACAAACCCGUUUACGACACUGAAAUCCUACAUCAAAUUAUUCGAUACUAUCUAUAGUGAAAAAGAAUUUUGCCUAUCGUAACACCUAUCGUUUUUUAUUCGAAUUUAUUUUACUCGAAAAUUACUUAUCGUCAAGUUGCAAUAGAAAAAAAAAUCGGAGAAGAAUUUUUGAGAUACUUUAGAACUACAUAUUUAGAUGUAAAAAGAAGUAAACAAAAAAAUAUACGCGCAUGUGCAUGCGUGCGCGUUGCAGACACAUACACACAUAUACAUGUUUAGUAACUGAACUUAAAAUAAUAUAGUGAAUUGUGUUCUACACAAUUCAAUAUAAGAACUAAAAUAAAAUUUAAUAAAACGCUCUAAUAAAAUAAAAUUACUAUAAUGGCGAGAUGAUUUACAACCGUUCACAACGUAAAUCUGCUCGAAGAUGUAUAAACGGUGCCUACUUGCCACUACCGUAUUAGCUUAUUGUAUCUAUAUAGCAUAGUUUUCAAAUAUUUUCGCAGAUAUUGUGAAAGUGAAUGUGAGCAUUUGUAUAUACGUGUAGGUGUACUGUUAUUUGUAAAGAAAAAAAAAA